AUGGGUGUGAACCAGUCGCCUCUCGCCCUACUCACCACACCAAGUGCUGUACAGAGGGACUUCUUGUUCCGGUCUGACCCAGCUCAGCAACCUGCUCCCGGGGCCCCCGAAGGGGGAGCCCCUGGUGGGGGUCCCCCUGGGCCAGCCCCCAAUCAGAGCAGUAACCGUCGGGUGCAGCAGACGCAGGCCCAAGUGAAGGAGGUGGUUGAUAUAAUGUGUGUAAAUGUAAACAAGGUGCUGGAACGAGACCAGAAACUGUCAGAGCUAGAUGACCGGGCAGAUGCACUUCAGGCCGGUGCCUCACAAUUUGAGAGUAGUGCAGCAAAACUCAAAAGGAAGUACUGGUGGAAGAACUGCAAGAUGAUGAUCAUGAUGGGAGUGAUUUGUGCCAUUGUGGUGGUGGUGAUUGUAAUAACAGAAGGAAUUGGGGGUGGCCAUCGUUGUAGAAACGGGAAAUGCUGUCUGCCAGGUCAGGUAAACCUAUGACUUGCUGUCUGAACAUGGCCAUUUCAGUUAUUAUAAAGGAGAGUCUACAUGAUUACCUCAGUCAAGUGCAACAGACUAAACACACUUAAGUGAAAGGAGUUUUUUUACUAUCUAAAAGGCAUGUGUGGGAGUAAAAUCUGCCAGAACAAAUGAAAGAACAACAGUAAGGAGUCUGGUGGGGGGUGUCAAAUAUUCUUUUCAUCUAUGCAGACACAAGCCAGGACCUUGUGGCUUUCUACUAUCUUGUAGCUUUCUGGAAGACGUUGGGGUAGUGGCAGAAUAGGAAUGGAUGUUUUGCUUUUGUGUUACUGGGUUGAAUGUCAAAGGAAGUGUGCUACAUAGCAGAUGGAGGUGAAAGAGUCUGGAGGUAUUCCAGAUGAGACUGAAUGAGCCACACAGCUUUCUGAUUAAGAAUACCGGUUCUGUUUCUGCUACCACAAAGCCCUAACUUUCAGCAGGAGUUAGAAAAUACUUGAAAUGGUUAGCUAGGUAUUCAAAGGGAAAUGCUGCUCUGGGCAUGGGUAUUGCAAAGUGACAUCAGAUGUCCCAGUUUGGCAGCUGAGAUCUCUAGAGAUCUUGCCUGUCAAACUGAAAUCCUCCUACUUGCUAUGGGUUCUCUUGAAUUUAGAUCCAAGGUGGUCUCUGCUGGAAGUAAACUUGCAGUGUGGAAUGCUGUGGCUUUCUGUAAGCAAUCCCCUUGUUCUCCUCCAUCAAAAAUAACAAGAGCUGUGAAUUG